CUCGAAAUCGAAGCAUGGACGGAAUUCGCCAUCAGCUUGUUCAUCAUCGUUUCCCGAAUUAUUUCGCGGCUUAAGACCGGAGGAACCAAAAGCUUCCACGGAGACGACUAUCUCAGCGCUGUGGUUCUGAUACUCUGGACGUCUCAACUGGUCAUCUUCAAAUACGUUGGUAAGCACGUCCUCGGGACCAACAUCGGACUGAGCGACUCGGAACGAGCAUCGAUGGGCGAACAGGAGAUGUCCCGACGCAUCAUCGGGUCCAAGAUCCUGAUAUUCGGAUGGGCGCUGUACGCGACCCUGAUCUGGAUCCUGAAAGCAUGCAUGCUGUUCUUCUACAACCGGCUGACGCUUGGGCUCACCGAACAGAAGCUGGUCCGGAUCACGGCUAUCCUCUGCGGAUGCACGUACCUGGCCGUGCUCCUGACGCUGCUUCUCUACUGCCACCCCCUCCGGCUGCACUGGCAGGUGUAUCCCGACCCGGGCCCGAAAUGCACCGUCGACUAUGUGAAUUAUCUGGUCGUGGCGGUUUUGAAUGUCAUAACCGACGCCAUCAUCCUGGCCAUCCCGAUCCCGUUGCUGGUCAAAGUCCGGCUUCCGCUACGUCGCAAGCUGACCAUCGGCCUGCUGCUCUGCGGGGGGCUCUUCGUGAUGGCAGCCACCCUGCUCCGGUGUCUUCUGGUGGUGAAGGACGCGGAGAAUAUCGAAGUGGCCAAUAUCUGGGGGAUCCGCGAGACGUUUGUCGCCAUCCUGGCCGUGAACAUCCCGUGCAUCAAGUCGAUCGUCAACGCG